UCGUCAUUCAAACAUGCCGCAGUGCUGUGUUCCCCGUUGUAACAACAGAUCUGAGUCUAAGACAUUGAUACCACUGUCAUUCUUCCGCUUUCCUUGCGACGAGAAAGAGAAGAGGAAAUGGCUGCAGUUGAUAAGGCGUGAAAACUUUACUCCAAACUGCAACUCUAGGUUGUGCAGUUGGCAUUUCCCGGAUGGCAAAGCAGCUGGGCCAUCACGUUUUGCAUGGAAUGAAGGGAAGACUUUCCAGUUCCCUGACCCCCUCAGCCAUACCGCUAAACGGAGAAAAGAAAUGGUUGCUACCAGUGGGGAAGAUGAAACAACAGUUCAACAAACACCUGAACAGACCCCUGAACAGACCCCUAGUACUUCCAAAAGUCUUGUGGUUCUGGAGAUCGAGAAUGACAUGCUGAGAAGAGAGAAUGAGAAAUUGAGAAAACAAUUGGACAAACAAAAACAAACUUUCUCCUUCAGCCAAAUUUCCUCCAAUCCUGACAGAGUCCAGUAUUUCACCGGAUUGCCCGAUGCUGCCACCGUUUUGUUUUUGGAAGCACUUCUUUCUAAAUUUGAGCUACAGUAUCAUUCUGAUUGGACAGUCCAAAUUAUGCCCCUAAUAGAUCAGCUACUCCUCACAUUAAUGAAACUCAAACUUAAUUGCGGCCACAUAGACCUUGCGACAAGGUUUAAUUGUAGCACAGCCACAGUAACAAACAUCUUUACUACCAUCGUUAGUGCGCUGUAUGACAUUUUGUAUGUUGGUAUGCUUGAGAACAACAUCCCCUCAACAGCCAAGAACCAAACAUCACUGCCAGACUGCUUCCGGCCCUUCCCCAACUGUCGGAUAGUGCUUGACUGCACUGAGGUUGCAGUUUCUAACACGGAGAGCCUGGAAACACAGAGCCAUUUGUACAGCCAGUACAAAGGACGGACCACUCUGAAGGCUCUAAUUGGUGUAGCUCCCAAUGGAGUAAUAACCUUCACCAGUGACCUGUACGGAGGGAGUGCCUCAGACAAGGCCAUAACAGCUGACUGUGGACUUCUCCAGCAUCUUAAACCAGGUGAUAUGGUCAUGGCGGACAAGGGCUUCACCAUACGGGACAUUUUGCCAGAAGGAGUUCUGCUGAACAUUCCGUCUUUCCUCAUCAAUGGGCAGUUCACACAGGAGGAAGUGAACAAUAACAGGUUAAUCUCCCGUGCAAGGAUACAUGUGGAGCGUUCUAUUCAAAGGCUGAAAUUGUACAACAUUUUGCACCACAUCCCACACCAGUUCAGGAAAAACAUCAACAAAAUACUGAAAGUAUGUGUGUGUCUAACAAAUUUGCAAACACCCAUUCUGCGUGAAAUUGAAUGAAUGAUUGUCAGUGUGUUAAAUGUGGAGGACUGUUUCCCAGUGGCCAUUAGAUUUGUUACAUGUAUAUAAUGGCAUGAUUUGAAUAGUUUGACAUGAAAUAAGACCCAUUGAGAAAAAUGUAUAUUCUUGUAAAGUGAAAAAAAAUUCUUCUUGUUCUUUUAACUGUUUGUUUGCAGAAAAUUUCAAUCAAAAAUGUAAAUAGACUGUAUGACAGGGAUUUGUUACAUGUAUAUAAGGGCAUGAUUUGAAUAGUUUGACAUGAAAUAAGACCCAUUGUGAUAAAUGUAUAUUCUUGUAAACUGAUUUUCAUGAGUGAUUUGAUUUGAGGAAAACUUGAAUUAAAAAAGUAAUAC